CCUUACCAAUGUCAAGAAUGUGGGAAGGCCUUUAAGCAAAGCUCAAACCUUACUGAACAUCACAGAAUUCAUACUGGAGAGAAACCUUACCAAUGUCAGGAAUGUGGCAAGGCCUUUAGGCAGAUAUCACACCUUACUCACCAUCACAGAAUUCAUACUGGAGAGAAACCUUACCAAUGUCAAGAAUGUGGGAAGGCCUUUAACCACAGCUCAAGCCUAACUCAGCAUCACAGAAUUCAUACUGGAGAGAAGCCUUACCAAUGUCAAGAAUGUGGCAAGGCCUUUAAGCAGUUAGCCAGCCUUACUCGACAUCACAGAGUUCAUACUGGAGAGAGACCUUACCAAUGUCAAGAAUGUGGCAAGGCCUUUAAGCAGAUAUCACACCUUACUCAACAUCACAGAAUUCAUACUGGAGAGAAACCUUACCAAUGUCAAGAAUGUGGCAAGGUAUUUGUGUCCCACUCAGGCCUUACUCGACAUCAGAGAAUUCGUUCUGGUGAGAAACCUUACAGAUGUUAAGUAUGUGGCAAGGCCUUUAGUGGCAUGCAUCCCUUCAUGUACAUCACU